UUCCAUAUUUACAUCUACCAGGGAAGGGGUCCGAUCUUGUUGAUGGUAUCACCCCUGGGUAGCUACCAGUAGAGAUCAUGCAUUCCCAAGAAGCACAGAUGGCUUACCACGGACGUAUGGCGAUGAGUGCCUUUUUCUGGUGGGUGGCAUUCCUUUUUCUGAUGCAGACAGCUGAGGUUAGAGGAGACUGUUGGCUCAUUGAGGGGGAAAAGGGUUUUGUAUGGCUCGCGAUUUGCAGCCAAAACCAACCACCUUAUGAGGCUAUUCCACAGCAUAUCAACAGCACCAUUGUGGAUCUACGACUGAACGAGAACAAAAUUAAAAGCAUCCACUAUUCUGCCCUUAGCCGCUUUGGCAACCUGACUUACCUAAACCUGACUAAGAAUGAGAUCACCUACAUAGAGGACGGGGCCUUUUCUGCCCAGUUCAACCUACAGGUCCUUCAGCUAGGCUUCAACAAGCUGCGAAACCUGACAGAGGGCAUCCUCAGGGGUUUAGGCAAACUCCAGUACCUCUACCUCCAGGCAAAUCUGAUUGAGACCGUGACACCCAAUGCCUUUUGGGAAUGCCCCAACAUCGAAAACAUAGAUCUCUCCAUGAACCGCAUCCAGCAGCUAGAUGGGGCAAUUUUCAGUGGUUUAACUAAGCUGACUACCUGUGAGCUUUACACUAACCCCUUCAACUGUUCCUGUGAGCUCCUAGGCUUUCUAAAGUGGCUCGCAGUUUUCCCCAACAGAACCAAUGAGCGUAUGGUGUGCGAUUCCCCUGCAGGUUACUCUGGAUACAGUCUUCUCAGCCAGAACCCAAACAUGCCCACUUUUCGUAAUGCCCUGCACAUGCUUUCCACUGUGUGCACAGAGGACUAUGUGACUUCAUAUAUUCCUGGCACCCCUGACACCACCACUCUCCAACCAGACUCCACCCCCUGCGGAGUGGAGGAUUGCCCCUCUGGGACUGGGCCUUAUGACAUUAUCAAUAUCAGCCCACCGUACAUUGACCUUGAAGUGAAGCCUAUCAUGAAACUGAAGCAAGUGACACACACUAGUGCAGUUAUUAUGGUUCAGAUCCCUCAUCCUUUCAAGAAGAUGUAUAUUCUGGUUCUCUACAACAACAGUUUCUUCACUGACAUCCAAAAUCUCAAGAAGGAAAAAGAGGAAAUAGAGCUGAAAAAUUUAAAAGCCCACACGGAUUACACCUACUGUGUGGCCUCCAUACGCAACUCUCUUCGAUACAACCACACCUGCCUGACUAUCUCCACGGGCCCCAGAAAUGGAAAGGAGAGAGUGGCUAACAACUCCACUGCCACUCACUACAUCAUGACCAUCCUUGGGUGUCUCUUUGGCAUGGUGAUAGUCUUAGGGGUUGUCUACUACUGCUUGCGAAAAAAACGGCAGCAAGACGAAAAACACAAAAAAGCAGGCAAUAUCAAGAAAAACAUCAUUGAACUCAAGUACGGAGCUGAGUUGGAAGGUGGAACUAUUUCCCAGCUGACACAAAAGCAGAUGAUGAGUGGAGAGAACAUGCCCCGGAUGCCAUACCUGCCUUCCAGCGGUGAAAUGGAACAGUACAAACUCCAGGAUAUCAGUGAAACCCCUAAAACAGCCAAGGGCAAUUACAUCGAGGUUCGCACUGGGGAGCAACCAGACCGCAGAGAAUGCGAAAUGUCCAUCCCUGGAAACAACCAAGGCUCAGUGGCGGAGAUCUCUACCAUUGCAAAAGAGGUGGACAAAGUUAAUCAGAUCAUCAACAACUGCAUAGAUGCCCUGAAAUCGGAGUCCACCUCGUUUCAAGGGGUGAAAUCUGGAGCGGUGUCCACUGCAGAGCCACAGCUAGUGCUCAUAUCAGAGCAGCCGCAGAGCAAGUCUGGCUUCCUGUCUCCUGUCUACAAAGAAAGCUACCACCACCCUUUACAGAGGCACCACAGCAUGGAAGCUGCCCCCAAGCGUUCCAGCACCUCCUCCAGUGGCUCCAUACGGAGCCCGAGGUCAUUCCGUUCAGAGGGCACCUACAAGUCCGAGGCCAAGUACAUUGAAAAGACGUCGCCAACGGGUGACACCAUCCUGACCGUCACGCCAGCAGCUGCCAUCCUGAGAGCAGAGGCAGAGAAGAUCCGUCAGUACAGUGAGCACCGGCACUCCUACCCGGGCUCCCACCAGCCGGAGCAGCUAGAGGGCUCUGGAAGCCGGAAGCCCUCCAUCCUGGAGCCUCUCACUCGGCCCCGCCCCAGAGACCUGGCCUACUCACAGCUCUCCCCCCAGUACCACAACCUUAGCUACUCCUCUAGUCCCGAAUACUCCUGCAAACCAUCCCACAGCAUCUGGGAGCGAUUCAAGCUCCACCGCAAGCGCCACAAAGAGGAAGAGUACAUGGCAGCAGGACAUGCAUUACGUAAAAAAGUGCAGUUUGCCAAGGAUGAGGACUUGCACGACAUUUUAGACUACUGGAAAGGUGUAUCAGCUCAACAGAAAUCUUGAUCUCUCACCCAGACCACCACUUCUCAAUCUGGACCAAAAUAAUACAGAUUCAAAAAGGUUGAACAUGACAAAAUGAUAGAUUCAAAGGGAGAAAUAUUUAGAUCAUCAUGAAAC